GGCGCUGCGGUUUCCAGGCGCCGCGGCCGCCUUUCGUAGCCGCCUCUCCCGGUGGCCCUGGCAGGGAUGGAGCCGCUGGACGAGCUGGACCUGCUGCUGCUGGAGGAGGGCGGCGGAGCGGAGGCCGCGCCGCGGGCGGAAGUAGUUCAGAAGAAGGUGGAAGCGUUCUUUCCUACGACGGUUCUGAGCCGAGGAGAGGAUAACCGAUACCUGGUGCUAGCUGUCGAGACUGUACAGAGUGAGAGAGGGGAUGAGGAAAAACACCUGGUCAUCACGGCAUCUCGGGAACGAGAACAGCAAGAGCUGUGCAUCCUGAGGAAUGGCUGGUGUUCAGUUCCAGUAGAGCCGGGGGACAUCAUUCACCUGGAGGGGAACCGCACAUCUGAGGCGUGGGUAAUAGAUGACGACUCUGGAUAUUUUAUUCUGUACCCAGACAUGCUGAUCUCUGGCACAAGCGUCGCCAGUAGUAUCCGGUGUGUGAGAAGAGCUGUCCUGAGCGAGACUUUCAGGGUCUCUGAUCCAGCCACUCGCCAAAUGCUCAUUGGUACGAUUCUCCACGAAGUCUUUCAAAAAGCCAUAAGUGAGAGCUUUGCCCCAGAAAAGCUGCAAGAGCUUGCUUUUCAAACUGUCCAAGAGAUCAGGCAUUUGAAGGAAAUGUACCGCUUAAAUCUGAGUCCAGAUGAAGUAAGAAGUGAAGUUGAGGAGUAUCUCCCCUCCUUCUCUAAGUGGGCUGAGGACUUCAUGCGUAAGGGCCCUCCCGCUGAAUUUCCUCAGAUGCAGCUCUCUCUGCCAAGUGAUGGUGGUCACAGAAGUCCGUCUUGUACCGUCGAAGUAACAAAGUCACUGGAUAUUGAAGAAAGCAUCUGGUCCCCUAGGUUUGGAUUGAAGGGCAAAAUAGAUGUCACAGUUGGUGUCAGAAUACAUCGGGAUUGUAAAACAAGAUAUAAGAUAAUGCCACUGGAGCUUAAAACUGGCAAAGAAUCCAAUUCUAUCGAACACCGAAGUCAGGUGGUCCUGUACACGCUGCUGAGCCAGGAGAGACGAGAGGACCCCGAGGCUGGCUGGCUUCUCUACCUCAAGACCGGGCAGAUGUACCCUGUGCCCGCCAAGCAUCUGGACAAAAGAGAACUGCUGAAGCUCAGGGACCAGCUGGCAUUCUACUUGCUGCACCGCGUGAGCAGAGCUGCUUCCGGGGAGGAGACACGGCUUUCUCCCCUGCCACAAAUAAUCGAGGAAGAGAAAACUUGUAAAUAUUGUUCACAGAUGGGCAACUGUGCUCUUUAUAGCAGAGCAGUUGAAGAACAGGCGGACGACACUUCCGUCCCAGAGGGCAUGCUGUCCAAAAUCCAAGAAGAAACACGGCACCUGAAGCUGACACACUUGAAGUAUUUCAGCCUGUGGUGUCUCAUGCUAACCUUGGAGUCACAAUCUAAAGAUCACAGAAAGAAUCACCAAAACAUCUGGUCAAUGCCUGCUUCCGAAAUGGAGGAGGGAGGGAACUGCAUUGGAAACCUGGUCCGGAGCAAGCCUGUGAAGAGAUUUUGUGAUGGACAGUACUUACAUAAUUUUCAGCGGAAAAACGGUGCCAUGCCGGCCACCAAUCUGAUGGCCGGUGACAGGAUCAUUUUAAGUGGAGAAGAGAGGAAACUGUUCGCUUUGUCUAAAGGCUACGUGAAGGAGAUUAACGGGGCAGCGGUAACCUGCUUGCUAGACAGGAACUUGUCGACACUCCCAGAAACAACGUUGUUCAGAUUAGACCGGGAAGAAAAAAAUUGUGAUAUAGAUACCCCAUUAGGAAAUCUCUCUAAAUUGAUGGAAAACACCGAUACCAGCAAAAGACUUCGAGAGUUAAUCAUUGAUUUCAAGGAACCCCAGUUUAUACCCUACCUCAGCUCCGUUCUUCCACACGAUGCGAAGGACACAGUGGCCAACAUUCUGAAGGGUUUGAAUAAGCCUCAGAGGCAAGCCAUGAAGAAAGUCCUUCUUUCAAAAGACUACACGCUCAUCGUGGGGAUGCCAGGGACAGGAAAGACAACUACAAUAUGUGCUCUUGUAAGGAUCCUUUCUGCCUGUGGCUUCAGUGUUCUGUUGACCAGCUAUACGCAUUCUGCUGUUGACAAUAUUCUCUUGAAGUUAGCCAAGUUUAAAAUAGGAUUUUUGCGCUUGGGUCAGUCUCAUAAGGUCCAUCCAGAUAUCCAGAAGUUCACGGAGGAGGAGAUUUGCAGAUCAAGGUCCAUUAAGUCCUUAGCCCUUCUAGAAGAACUCUAUAACAGUCACCUGAUAGUUGCAACAACCUGUAUGGGCAUAAGCCAUCCAAUAUUUUCGCGGAAAACCUUCGAUUUUUGUAUUGUGGACGAAGCCUCUCAAAUCGGUCAGCCCGUUUGCCUGGGCCCCCUUUUUUUCUCUCGGAGAUUUGUGUUGGUGGGAGACCAUCAGCAGCUUCCUCCCUUGGUUCUAAACCGCGAAGCAAGGGAUCUGGGCAUGAGCGAGAGCCUCUUCAAGAGGCUGGAGCGGAACAAGGCGGCUGUCGUGCAGUUGACGGUGCAGUACAGGAUGAACAGCAAGAUCAUGUCCUUAAGCAAUAAGCUCACGUACGAGGGGAAGCUGGAGUGUGGUUCAGACAAAGUGGCCAACGCGGUGAUAGCCCUGCCCAACUUCAAGGACGUCAAGCUGAACCUGGAGCUUUACGCCCAUGAUUCUGAUAACCCCUGGCUGGCGGGAGCGUUUGAGCCGGACAAUCCUGUUUGUUUUCUUAACACAGAUAAGGUCCCAGCUCCAGAACAAAUUGAGAAUGGCGGCGUGAGCAACAUCACAGAAGCCAGACUCGUCGUCUUUCUAACCUCAGUUUUUAUUAAGGCUGGCUGCAGCCCCUCCAACAUCGGCAUCAUCGCGCCAUACAGGCAGCAGCUAAGGACCAUCAGUGACUUACUGGCACGAUCUUCUGUCGGGAGGGUCGAAGUUAACACAGUGGACAAAUACCAGGGAAGGGACAAGAGCCUCAUCCUGGUGUCCUUCGUCAGGAGUAAUAAGGAUGGAACUCUUGGCGAGCUGCUGAAGGAUUGGCGACGGCUCAAUGUGGCGAUAACCAGAGCCAAGCACAAACUGAUCCUCCUGGGCAGCGUGUCCUCGCUGCGGCGCUUCCCGCCUUUGGAGAGGCUCUUUGACCAUCUGAACGCGGAGCAGUUGAUCGUGGACCUUCCAUCAAGGGGGCAUGAGAGUCUCUGCCACGUGCUGGGUGAUCUUCAAAGAGACUGAACACUACACCCCUGCCUCCAGCGUCGUAGGCCUUGGCGUCACCUGCUCCAGCUCAGGUUUGCUGGGACUCCACGCUUAAACUGUGAGGAUGCCUUUAGGCUAAAGGUACAAAGUGAAGUGACUGUGUUCUCUUCAAAGUUCCAGGUUUUUCUUUUCUAUUUCUUACUGUAAUCUUGUUAAACAUGAAAUUCUGUCACCGCGUAAAAUUUUACUUAUUAGUACCAAUGUACCUCAAACUGAGAAGUCUAAAUCUGUGAGUACUUCAAGUGUAUCUGUAUAUGAUCGAGAAAAGUGAGAUUUUCCCACCUUUAAAGGUGGAUUGAAACUUUAACCCAAGGUUGAGAUCUCAACAAACGGAAUAGAAUUUCAGGUCUAAUUCCAGAAUCAGAGAAGUUCUAUUUAAAGAUUGGAUGGACUGGCUUGUUUGCGUCGCUUGAAGCCGCUCUGUGCUAAGGGGAGCGGGUGUGAUUACUCUGAAUUUUGGGUGUCCUGGUUUUCAGUGUCAAAUGUGUUUCCCUUUAAGCCUAGUCUUUGAAUUACAUCCCUGAGUGGUGUGCUUCCAGGAAGUUUUUCUUCCUCUUCUCCAUAAUCAUUGUCUCCUCAUGUCCCCUUCGUUAACUUUUGGAAUACAGCAUUUCAAUAUUACAGGAGGAUUUGAUAUAAAACAAUUUUUUUUUGAGAAGGAGUUUUGUUUUCUGAAUUGAUGCCAGCUUACAAGGUACACCCUAUUUUUAUUUGGUUUGCCUCUUUGGGGGCAUUACUCAGUUUUUCCUUCUAUGUACUGAUGUUUCAAAAAAUAAACUUGCAUAUAAGGUGACAUUUUCACAAAAGGGUCCCUUCUCCUGGAGGGAAAAGCUUCUACCUCACUUAGUGGAAGUUUAAAUAUGUUAAAUUGUUGGUGCUUCUACCUUUUAUAUUAUUUAAAAGUACAAU